UUGAAAUGCUCUACGUGCGGGAAAAACUACAAGAGACGAGCCUGGUACAUUAAACAUCUAAAAACACAUAAUGGGGUUGAAGCACGACAAUCGUCGGUAAGAUCUACAACAUUCACUUCGGAUAGAGUUGACCCUCAUGUAUCCCAUGGUGAACCAUUAACUGGAAACCACCAGGAGUCCAUUAACAUCAGGACACGUCUUAGCAUUCCUAAUCUAAAACAAUCGACUUGGAAAGUGCAUGACGACAACUUAGCGGUCCUGUUAGAGCAUCCGGGCUCGAAGCAGGAAUUGAACUCGCAGGUAGAAACUUUCCAAAAUACCGUUUAUGACUACUUUAGCGAGCAAUAUCCACCACGUAAUCGUUAUGCUCGCAAAAAUAAUGACAAUUCGUUCAAAUUGAAAAUGCGGAAGAAAAAACGGGAAUUAAUAAAAAAUCUACGUAUAGCCAAAGCUCUAGGCGACAAUCACCUUAGUCAUCAACUAGCUAGGGCGUUAAGGUCAAUCCUUAAAUUAAUCCAGGGAAUAUCGGCGCAAACUGCAGAAUAUCGCGAUAAUUUUGACCGGGCAAAACAAGAAGUAGAUUUCGAUAAAAACCCUUUUGAGUAUUCGAAAACCAUUUUUAAGAAAGAACGCGGACAGCUUCUCCUGACCAACGAUCAAAUUUACGACCAUUUUAAGAGCACAUACGAAGUGCCUAAAAGUUUAAGACGGUAUAGGGAUCCAAACGAUCAAAAACCUGAAUUUCCUCGAAUCGAAUUCCACGGCAUUCCACCAACGCUAGAGGAACUAAGUAGUCAGAUCAAGAGGAAGUCGUCUAAAUCUGCACCGGGACCCGAUGGUAUCCCAUAUAUAGUCUUUAAAAAAUGUGCAUCGGUUCGUAAACACCUCCUAAAUAUAUACGGUAAAAUCUGGUCAAGGAAGCAAAUCCCGGAGUGCUUCGGGAAAGCAAUUUUUGUCCUCAUUCCCAAAAAAGAUCGAGUUACUGAUCCGAAAGAUACUAGACCGAUAGCUUUAACAAAUACUAUAUCGAAAAUCUUUUUUUCGGUUCUACAAACGAGAAUGACGCGAUUCAUGCUCAGCAACAACUAUUUUAGGCCAAAUCACCAGAAAGGGUUUUUACCCGGGAUUUCUGGAUGCUUAGAACACAACACCUUGCUGUCGGAGAGUUUAAAAGAUGCUAGAAAAAGCGAGCGGCAAAUCACUGUUUGUUGGAUAGACUUGGAGAACGCGUUCGGGUCGAUACAACACGAAUUGAUGCUAUUCGCGCUUAGAUGGUACAACUUUCCACCCCUAGUUAGAGAUAUGAUCGCGUCGUAUUACUCAAAAUUAAGGUUUUCUAUAAUAACUAAAGAAGGCCCUUCAAAAAGUUUGAGUUAUAAUGUAGGACUGUUUCAAGGUUGUUGUCUAUCUCCAAUUGCGUUUAAUAUCGUAAUUAACAUCUUAGUAGACAAAUUAAUCUGUAACGAGAAAAAAUGGGGUUAUCGGUUUAAGUUUAAUAAUAAAUACACGGAAUCCAUUUUAGCCUUCGCUGACGAUCUCGCAAUACUGACACGUAACCCCAAACACUGUCAGGUACUAUUGGAUGAAGUGGAUAAAUUCUGUGAGUGGACGGAUGGAUUGAGGACAAAACCCAGUAAAUGUCACUGUCUGUGUCUUGGUAGGCGGAAUACAAGAUACACCUCAUACGAUCCGGGACUAUCGUUAGGCGGUCAAUGCAUUUCUACGGUUACGGAAAAUGCACCAUUUAAAUUUCUCGGUCGUAAGAUAGAUAAUAUAGGCCGUACUCCAUCUUUAGAAGGAAUAGUAGAUAGCUUUUUGAACGAUCUUAACAAGGUAGAUAGCCAACUGAUAAGUAACGUCAAAAAAGCGUGGAUCUACGAGAAUUACUUAACUUCACGUUUGAAUUGGCCUUUCCUCGUCUAUGAUUUUAAUAAAACCCUUUUGUCAAAGUUAGAUGCAGGCGUCAUAAAGAUGUUGAAGUUGUGGCUCGGGCUCGCUCUAACGGCUGAUUCAUCGGCGUUAUUUAGGGGAAGCAAUAGUUUUGGGAUGAGUCUAAAAAGGCCAUCGGAGCUCUAUAAACACCUAAGAGUUUCCAAGAGAUAUAUCCUGGGGAAAUCCCAUGAUGACAUAGUGACAUCGCUCCCAAAAGAUGAAGAUGCCCCCGAGCUAGAGUCACGACUUCAAUUCCAUAAGCAAUUUAUGAUAGGAGCGCAAAGUAACAGAGCGGGGUUAGGAUCAAAUAGGAAAGUCCAAGAUGCGGAUAUAUUGAAGUCUUUUAUUCGGCAAGACGAGAAUGAUAAAUAUAAGAUCCAUGCAAUGAAUUUAGAAAUGCAGAACGAGUGGUUAGACAUAGGAGAUUUUUGCAUCCCAUUAGCAUUAAAAUGGCGCACUUUAAUUUAUGAUUGGUCGCCAGCAUUGCUAAAAUUCUAUCUCAAUGCGUUCCAGAUGACUCUCCCAGAUCAGAGUAAUUUAGUAAGAUGGGGUAAAAGUACCGAAAAAACUUGCUAUAUCUGUGGAAAGGCAGUUGGAACUGCUAAGCAUCUGCUGGUGGGAUGUAAGGUACUCCUGGACAGCGGUCAAUACUCGCGUCGUCACGAUAGGGUUCUAGAAGUCAUACGUGAAGCGGUUAGUCUUUCUGUAGCCAGAGCGCAAAAGGGAAUAACCACAAACGAACGAUCAGUAGGUUUUGUGAGAGAAGGCUCUAGGGCUACAAAAUCAAACGUCAAGCCUUACUCCAUCCUUAAAGCGGCGUCGGAUUGGACUAUAAUGAUGGACACGUAUGAAAAACAAUAUAAAAUCCCCGAGGAUAUUUGUGCGUCGGCCUCCAGACCGGAUAUAUUUUUGUUUUCGCGAAUUUUAAAGCGCGUAGUGAUGAUAGAGCUUACGGUCCCUUGGGAAACCAACAUCCCCAAAGACCAUACCAUCAAGGUCAACAAAUAUUACGAGCUCACAAACGAACUCACUCGAAAUAGGUUCGUAGUAGAUUUGUACGCGGUAGAGGUGGGAGCGAGAGGUAUAACAGCGAAAUCUCUCUAUAACCUACUAAAGGACUUGGGCUUGUCCAGAACUCACAUUAAUGCAUUCUUGGAACGUACAUCGAAGGCAGCCCUAGUAGGUUCUUUUCAAAUUUGGUUAGGUAGGGAGAGGAGCUUGGACAGUGGAGGUGAGCGUAUAACGCGCGUUAGUUAA